AUUAUUCUAGCAUCACGGCAGCAGGUUUGUGCUCAGUUUGGAGUAACUCGUGUCACCACAACUGUAUGCCCGCUUGAAGGUGGUUUAAAAAACAGGGGCUUAGCAGCACAAGGAGUCUGCAUGUCUGUGUAGACAUGCUCAGCUUUGUGGAUACCCGGAUUCUGUUGCUGCUUGCAGUAACUUCAUACCUAGCAUCAUGUCAAUCUGGUCUCAGAGGAGACAAAGGACCUCGAGGUGACAGGGGUCCUCAGGGCCCAAAUGGAAGAGAUGGCAAACCUGGACUGCCUGGCCCCGCUGGCCCCCCUGGUCAACCUGGACUCGGAGGAAACUUUGCUGCUCAGUAUGAUGGUUCAAAAGCCCCUGAUCCCGGUCCUGGACCCAUGGGUAUAUCGGGUUCCAGAGGACCUUCUGGACCUCCUGGACCCCCUGGACCUCAGGGACACACCGGACACGCUGGUGAGCCUGGAGAGCCUGGACAGACUGGCCCCGUUGGUGCUCGUGGCCCCCCUGGCCCCUCUGGCAAAUCUGGAGACGAUGGUAACAAUGGCAGACCCGGUAAGCCCGGAGACAGAGGUGCCCCCGGCCCACAGGGUGCUCGUGGAUUCCCAGGAACCCCUGGACUUCCAGGAAUGAAGGGACACAGAGGUUACACUGGUCUGGAUGGACGCAAGGGAGAGCCUGGUGGUGCUGGAGCCAAGGGUGAGUCUGGUGCACAUGGAGCUUCUGGAAGUCCUGGACUUGCUGGAGCUCGUGGUCUGGCUGGAGAGAGAGGUCGUGCUGGCCCUGCUGGCCCCGCUGGUGCUCGUGGUUCUGAUGGAAAUGUUGGUCCCUCCGGCCCUGCUGGUCCCCUCGGUUCUGCUGGUCCUCCAGGUUUCCCUGGUGGCCCCGGCCCUAAGGGAGAGCUUGGACCUGCUGGAGCCUCUGGCCCAGCUGGACCUCAGGGAGCAAGAGGAGAGCCUGGUACCAAUGGCGCUGUUGGCCCAGUUGGUCCCGCUGGUAACCCUGGUGCUAACGGCCUGAAUGGAGCCAAGGGAGCUUCUGGUACUCCUGGUGUUGCUGGAGCUCCUGGCUUCCCCGGACCAAGAGGAGGACCCGGACCCCAGGGUCCUCAGGGUGCUGCUGGACAGAGAGGUCUCUCUGGAGAUCCUGGUCCUCAGGGUGUUAAGGGAGAUGGUGGACCCAAAGGAGAGCCAGGUAACACUGGACCUGCUGGAUCCCCCGGAUCUCAGGGUGAGGAGGGCAAGAGAGGACCCACUGGUGAGGCCGGUGCCACCGGACUUGCUGGCCUCCGUGGAGCUAGAGGUGCUCCUGGCAGCCGUGGUAUGCCCGGCUCUGAGGGAAGAACUGGCCCUGUUGGUAUGCCCGGUGGUCGCGGUGCCUCUGGCUCUUCUGGACCUCGUGGACCCCCUGGAGAUGCUGGUCGCGCUGGUGAGCCUGGCCCAGCUGGUCUCAGGGGUCUCCCAGGAAGCCCCGGAAGCUCUGGACCCCCCGGAAAGGAGGGACCUUCUGGUGCUGGUGGACAAGAUGGCCGCUCUGGACCUCCUGGCCCAACUGGACCUAGAGGCCAGGCCGGAAACAUUGGCUUCCCCGGACCCAAGGGACCUUCUGGUGAGGCUGGCAAGCCCGGAGACAAGGGAUCCAGUGGCCCCACUGGUCUGAGAGGACCUCCUGGACCUGAUGGAAACAAUGGUGCUACUGGCGGUUCUGGACCUGCUGGUGGUGCUGGAGAGAAGGGAGAGCAAGGACCUUCUGGAGCUCCUGGCUUCCAGGGUCUGCCCGGUCCCGCUGGAGGUGCUGGAGAGGCUGGCAAACCCGGAGACAGAGGUAUCCCAGGAGACCAGGGAGUUUCUGGACCUGCCGGUGCUAAGGGAGAGCGUGGAAACCCUGGCGCUGCUGGUGCUAGCGGACCUCAGGGAUCAAUGGGAACCCGUGGACCUGCUGGAGCCCCUGGAACUGAUGGUGGAAAGGGAGAGCCUGGUCCUGCUGGAGCUGCUGGAGGUCCUGGACAUCAGGGACCUGGUGGCAUGCCCGGUGAGCGUGGGGCCGCUGGUCCCCCUGGUGGCAAGGGAGAGAAGGGAGAGCCCGGACACAGAGGACCUGACGGAAAUUCUGGAAGAGAUGGUUCUCGUGGUAUGCCCGGACCUGCUGGACCUCCUGGACCCACUGGAGCUAAUGGUGAUAAGGGUGAGAGCGGUUCAUUCGGACCUGCCGGCCCUGCUGGAGCCCGCGGACCCUCUGGAGAGCGUGGAGAGGUUGGACCUGCUGGAUCUCCAGGAUUCGCUGGACCCCCUGGCGCUGACGGUCAGCCUGGAGUCAGAGGAGAGCGUGGACCUGGUGGAGGAAAGGGAGAUGCUGGACCUGGUGGACCCGCUGGACCUGCUGGACAGUCUGGACCUCCUGGUCCUUCUGGUGGUGCUGGACCUACUGGCGGUCGUGGAGACAACGGCCCAGCUGGUCUGACUGGUUUCCCUGGUGCUGCUGGCAGAGUUGGUGCUGCUGGUCCCGCUGGUAUUGUUGGACCCCCUGGAGCUGCUGGUCCCGCUGGUAAAGAUGGUCCUCGUGGUCUCCGUGGUGAUUCUGGUCCCUCUGGUCCUUCUGGAGAGCAGGGUAUGGUUGGACCCCCUGGUCAAUCUGGAGAGAAGGGAUCCUCUGGAGAGCCUGGACCUGCUGGUCCUCCUGGUGCUCCCGGAACCUCUGGUCCUCUUGGACUUCAGGGAUUCGUUGGUCUGCCUGGUGCUAGAGGAGAUCGUGGUUCUCCUGGUGGUGCUGGUUCUCUUGGUGAGGCUGGUAGAGUUGGACCUGCUGGUUCUGCUGGACCCCGUGGUCCCCCUGGAAACAUCGGCCUGCCUGGUAUGACCGGACCUCAGGGAGAGGCUGGACGCGAGGGUAACCCUGGUAACGAUGGACCUCCUGGCCGUCCUGGUAUUGCUGGAUUCAAGGGAGACCGUGGUGAGCCUGGGCCUUCUGGUUCUAUGGGAGUUUCUGGUUCCCCCGGACCCGCUGGACCCUCUGGAGCCGCUGGCAGACCUGGAAACCGUGGAGAGUCUGGCCCCGGAGGUCCCUCUGGACCUGUUGGCGCCGCUGGAGCUAGAGGAGCUGCUGGACCUGCUGGACCCCGUGGAGAGAAGGGAGGUGCUGGAGACAAGGGAGAGAGAGGCAUGAAGGGACUGCGCGGACAUCCUGGUCUCCAGGGAAUGCCUGGACCUUCUGGACCCUCUGGUGACACUGGACCUUCUGGAGCCAACGGACCUGCUGGACCCAGAGGACCUGCUGGACCCCACGGACCCCCUGGUAAGGACGGCAGAGCUGGUGGACAUGGAACCAUCGGAUCUCCUGGUGCUCGUGGACCCCCUGGAUACGUUGGACCCGCUGGUCCUGCUGGAUCUCCUGGUAUGCCCGGACCACCCGGCCCCUCUGGUGGCGGAUAUGAUGUCUCUGGUGGAUACGAUGAGUACAGAGCUGAUCAGCCCGCUCUGAGAGCCAAGGACUACGAGGUUGAUGCCACCAUCAAGUCUCUGAACACCCAGAUUGAGAACCUGCUCACCCCCGAGGGAUCCAGGAAGAACCCCGCCCGCACCUGCCGUGACAUCAAACUCAGCCACCCAGACUGGAGCAGCGGAUUCUACUGGAUCGACCCCAACCAGGGCUGCAACAAUGACGCCAUCAAGGUCUUCUGCGACUUCACCACCCGCGAGACCUGCGUCUUCGCCCACCCAGCCAGCAUUGCCCAGAAGAACUGGUACAGAAGCACAGAGAGCAAGAAGCACGUCUGGUUCGGAGAGACCAUCAAUGGCGGUACUGAGUUUACCUACAACGACGAGACCCUCAGCCCCCAGAGCAUGGCCACCCAGCUGGCCUUCAUGCGCCUGCUGUCCAACCAGGCCAGCCAGAACAUCACCUACCACUGCAAGAACAGUGUUGCCUACAUGGAUGGUGAGAGCGGCAACAUGAAGAAGGCUGUGGUGCUCCAGGGCUCCAACGAUGUGGAGUUGAGGGCCGAGGGCAACAGCCGCUUUACCUUCUCAGUGCUGGAGGAUGGUUGCACUACACACACCGGUGAGUGGAGCAAGACAGUGAUCGAGUACAGAACAAAUAAACCAUCUCGCCUGCCCAUCCUCGACAUUGCACCUUUGGACAUUGGUGGAGCUGAUCAGGAGUUUGGUUUGGACAUUGGCCCAGUCUGUUUCAAAUAAAUAGACUCAUGAUAAAUUAACACCGAAAAAGAGAGAAAGAACGAAAAAAAAACAAAAUCUCUGCCCUUCUUUCUGUGUUGUUUUUUUUAUACUGAAUGCUGAUUUCUCUCUGCGCAUCCACUUGCUUAAGAUGGGCAACUAUCUGAGAGGACUGAACGGACUGAACGGAGCGUUUGUGCAAUGCAAAUUAAUACAGCAACCCAAAGGGACGCGGGAAAACACCUUGUUGUGGGACAUCAUGUCAUCCUUUUGUAAAAAAUAAAAGAAGUGUAAUAAAAACGCUGAAAGUAUGCAUCACUUUUGUGGUCUUUGUAUAUCUUCCAAAGAGGAGGUUUAAAACCACAAUUUCCAUGAAAAAAAGGUUUAAACUACCUCAUGCCUGUACCUAAAGAAAAUACUAUUGACACAACCUUGGUCCACAACAGCGAUGUUCAGACUUCUAAGGCUUCAAGCUUUGUCCCAUAUCGGAAAGGUGCUCAGUUACUUGAAGCAGAGAUCAAUGGUGCUAAUAUGCAGCUGUGGAGCAAACCACUUUUUCACUGUAUUACUUUGUAUUGACCUUUGAGGAGUCUUGCUUUGGUCCCCUUAUACUCACCCACUUUAAGCAGGUGGAAUGUUCCUAAACCUGAUGUUUGGUUUUUGUUUGGUUUUAUUUUAUUUUGUUCUUUUUUUGUUUUGUCAAGAAGGUUUUUUCUUUGUUUUGGUUUUUUGUUCAGGCUUUUUUUUAACUCUUCAUCCCCCCCUACACUGAGUGUUCAUACUGACAGCACAUAUUUCAUCUAAUUCAGAAUGGUUUUUCCAGCGGCCUCUCUCUUUCUCUCUCAAAAAAUGACACCACAAAGUCUAUUGUACCUAUUUUGUAUAUGUGAGAUGUUUAAAUAAAUUGUGAAAAGUUCUGAAAUAAAGCAUGUCCAAUGUCCUAAAACACACCACUCAGUGACUUAAGUGCUUUUAUGAUUUAAUGACACAAUUGAAGCCGUAUUUUAGUUAUAGUUUGGUUGAUGAUCGACACAUAAUGACUGACUCAAACAUCUCUUGUGGAAGCACAGACAGAUCUUCAUUUACCACCACCCCUCCCCCUUUUUUCUUGCUUUUCAAAUUCUGUUUUUAAUUCCUGUUGACACUGUCGAUGCCAAUGUGUGAUUACUAACGUGCAUUGUUUCUUGUAAAUAUGCAUCCUCUGACGUUGCUUUUACUUUGCCUAAUACAGCUUUUGCAUCCAAAUAAAUUUCUGUGAUUUGGA